AUGAUUGUCGCCUCCAUCGCCAUGCCCAACUGGAUUGACUACGCUGUCACAACAUCGCAGGGCGACACCAUCCGCAAGACCAUCGGCCUGCACAAAAGCUGCUCCAACCUGGACGGCGACCGCUGCACCCCGUACCCGACCGCGAGUCUGUGCCAGUCGGAGCGGCGCUACUUUUGCACCCUGUGGCGCACCGCCGGCUGGCUGGCGUCUUUGUCUGUCGUCCUCGCGCUCGCCGGCCUCGUCUCGUUUGGCAUCACCCUCGGCGGCGGCAAGUACAAGCGUGCGAGCGGCUGGCCGUUUGUCGCGGGGCUGGUCGCGGCGUUUGCGGCGGUGCAGCUGAUUGUGAUUUCUGCUGUGGCAUAUCUAUUUGACCACGAUGAGCAGUUUGUCAUUCCCGGGUGGCAGCUCGGUGUUUCGUGGUACCUGGCGCUGUCCAGUGCGCUGCUCGGCAUCGCUACGGUGGUGGGAUUGGUGUUGAGUGCGUUUGUGCUGCCUCCCGAGGAUGGUUAUGAGUUCUUGGAGGAGCCUAUGAAUGCAUGA